GCCCCGCUCCGCCCCGCCCCUUUCCGGACGAUUCCAUUCUCUAUGAGAGGGUGGGCAGGGGCGGAGGAGCGCCUUCUUGAAAAGAAAACCUUCGCGGACAACAAGCGGAUAUUUCUUAAAAGGAAUUUAAUGAUCUCGAUGAGGAAUUCGCUCUCUUUAACUUCAGCAUUUGCCGUAUGGGGGUGGGAGCAACAAAGUCCUCUGACGCCCUUCUUCCCUCCCCAGGGAGGGGAGCGUGGGCCCGAGCGGGGGCGCGGAUGGAGAUGGCCCCGCGCGGGGCGGUCAUAACGCUCCUCCUGCUCGCCGCUCUCCCCGUCUUCUAUCUGCGGUUCUGGAGUGAGGGGCCUCGACCAGGACCGAAAGAGCUUGUUUUGCUGGGUGGCCGAUGCUUCUUGUUCCUUGCUCUCCUCACACUGGCCAUUUCGGUGGCUUCCCCGUGGUUCAGCUCCACUCCCUCAUCCCCCGUCGGCCCGACAGUGCCCAGUGACGAGAAGGAGAGGCAGCAGAGGCUCAUCAGGGAAGAGCAACAGGAGGCCCUGAGGGAACAGGCCCGUGGAUACUUGGAGAACGUGCUCAGACCUCGUCAGGAAAGUAGACUGAGGAAGCAGGAAGAGCGGUUUUAUCAACUGACGGGCGAGAGCUGGAAGCUAACGGGAGGCCACAAGCUUGGGAGUGAUGAAGACUCGGUGUCUGAAAAUGCGAAUUUGGGACCCGGCAGCACGCCCAAUCAAGAAGCCAUGAGGAGACGGAGGUUGCCAGAGCCGCUGAAACAGCCAGUCCCACCCAUCGAGCAGCCCGGAGCCGAGGAGGUUCCCAUCUUACCCGAAGAGCCUCCCGAACAGGCUGACGAGGUUGUCACCGUGGCUCUGCGGGGACCAAGCGGCCGUAUCCUAAGGAGAAGGUUUCUCAAGUCCUGUAAUUCACAGGUGUUGCUGGCCUGGAUGGUGAGAGUCGGGUAUCCCUCGUCCAUCUAUACCCUGUGCACUCCCUACCCCCGCCGGGCCUUGCCGGUGGAAGGAGGUCGGACCCUCGAGGACCUGGGCAUCACCGUGGGAACCAUGCUAAACGUGGAGGAGAGAGAGCCCGCCUCCGAUCACAGGGCCUCAGGUGCCCUGGCCCCAUCGAGAACCUGAUGGAUCCCAGGCCUCCCAAGGCAUGGGCUCCUCCUUGGAGAGGACCUGUCCUAGCUCCAGCAGCAGCAGCUGCAGACGGUGAGCAUGGGAACGCUGUAACACUGUGACCAUCACAAUAAAUGGAACCAUGAACACAGGA